GCACGGUGCGGCGCCACCACCAGAUCCUGCGCCAGAUCCACGAGGCCUCGCGCGUCUGGCGGCCGCUCUUCGACUCCCACGCGCACGCCCUCGCGCUUCUCCAGGCCGUUCACGCCCGGCUCGACCAGAGCAACAGCAGCGCAUUACCAGCAUCAGCAGGAACAGGAGCGAGAGGAGCAGCUUGUCGCGGAGGAUGACGAGGACGACGCGUCCUUCGUGAGCAGGGAGCAGACGUUCAAGACCACGACGCUCAAGCAGCACCAGCCGCCGGCGAGCGACCGGCGCAAUACCUCGGCGGAAGAUAGCAGCCUCAACUUCAGUAUUAACAGCGACAACCUGCCGAGGAUGUCCAGGACGCCCUACAUGCCCACGGCGCCGGCCCAAUCAGCUGCCAAAACGCAGGAGUCGACAUCGACGUUUAACUCGGAGGACCGCGAGCGCUGGUCGCCGAGACUAUCGUCGCCGCCGCGCACGGGUAUCAUCUCGCGAGAGCCACCAGAAGCAGGAAACGCUGGAACACGACAGAUCUCAACGCCUCCGUCGGCUAUUAGCAGUGUGGCGUACAGUAGCAACAGUCCGGGUAUUAGCAGGAAUUUGAUGAAGAUGGGCGAGUUCGAGUACACACCUCCGCGGGGAAAGAAGGCGAGAUCCGCUGGCGAGGAGAAGGAGGUUGACGAGACUAACGACUCCAUUGCGACGCCGUACGCCCCGGAGUUUACGACGGUUCGACUUUCAACUGUUCGAGAGGAGUCCAAGAGCAACGCUCCAAGCCCAGCGAGGACAUCAGAAAGUGCCUCUAGUCGGAAGCGGAAACGAUCGGAUGCAAGCGAGAAGCGACGAACCCCGGUGUACCCGAAAACCCUCUACCCAGCAAAGGGUUCGUCUCCGUUCACGUCUCCAAGCUUGCGGCGGAAGUACAGCAGCAAGAGUAGCGUAUCAUCGCCGAGCCGUCGACGGGAAGGCCAAACUCCGGUGGCAGCAACACCGCUGCAACAAGGGAGCGGGGCGAUAGACGAUGACACACCCCGAACACCCGACUUCGACUUGACGUCCCCCUUGUUGCGUACGCAGCUGAAGGCGAUGACCCCGAACACCCCGUUGUCUAACCGACUUGUGGGCGCUAGCCUGGAUGUCGGCAGUGUAUCCCAGGAGUCGCGGUUGCAGGACUACGACGAUUCUUUUAACGCCGGGGAGCCGACACCGAAGUUCGAGCUAUCGCUGCUGCCAGCAGUAUUCCAGCGAGGUGUUGGUGCCGUGCAGGUGUCGACAUUGUACAGUAAAUUUCAGGGGACAGACGACAACAAACCUGCGAUUCUGGCAGAAAUGCUGCCCGAGUAUGGGAAGGAGAAGAUUGAGAUCCUGCUAGACACGCUAGUCUCGCGGCGAUUGCUGCGGCCGUUUGUCGUCGAGGGCACCAUGUUCUGGCAGAUCCCCGUAUAA